UCAUUGCCGGUACUGUGUUUUGGAGCCCUGGUGGACAUUGGAGAAGAGUGACGCCGUGGAGCUGGUGGUGACAGAUCCCAAAUUGCCCCCACCCAGUAUUUCCAUGAGCUCUGGGAGUAAAGUGGGAACAGGGACCAAUGUCACCAUCUGGUGCAGCAACCAGGAGAACAGGGGCACCAUCUUCCUGCACAAGGAUGGGCACUCAGCCCCUAUCCUGCACCAGAACCCCAGUGGUAGAGGCUCGGCCACCUUCACCCUCUUUGGGGUGACACAAGCUGACUCUGGCACCUAUAGGUGCUCCUGCCACAUUGGUGGCUUCUACCUUCUUUCCUCACCCCUUGGGGACAGCGUGACACUGGAGGCAAGAGCCACACCUGCACCCCCAGGUAGGUCUGAGCCCCAUGUCGGUGUCCUUGGUGUCAUUCCUUUCUGGCAGUGUCUCUGCAUCCCAUGCCCAUGGAGGUGAUGUCCGGGGAUGGGGAG